AUGUUCCAAAUUCCUCCUCCUCGCCAAUUCCUUGUUCUCUCCGCCCCCAACUCGGCUCCUUUCGACCCAAGCCACAAGUUCCUCGUUCUGUCUCCCACCGAGUCCGGCCCCGACCCUCGUCUGUACGAUGAGCAGGCCGUGAGUGAGGUUUCCGCUCUGGAGCAUGAGCCGGAGUUGCACCGUUCCCACAGCUCAUCCUCCACUUUGUCGGAGGACUCUUCAGUGGACGACGUUCCGGCUGUCAACUCCCUGCCAGCUGGGUUCCUCUUCCUCGGCCACAACAAAAACCGCCGUGCCUCACAGUGA